UUUUCCCAACCUAGGGACUUGGGCUCUUCCUGUGAAAGACUGGGCGAUUCUUAACAGGGUCGUUCGGUUUUAUAGGCUUCGAGGAAGUGGGUUUUAAUGGAAACAAUGAAGGCCUAGCGGCGAGCAGUCAGAAAACCGAUGACAGGCCGGUCGGAUCAGCGAGGCUUGUGAUGAGUGACUGACAGGUAUCCAGGGCAGGAUGUUCAGUGGUGAAAAGGUGUCCGUUCCAGGCCACAUAUGAACUAAUCUGGUAUGGCUUCCCAGCUUCAGGUCUUCUCUCCGCCUUCGGUGUCGUCCAGUGCCUUCUGCCGCGUGAAGAAACUGAAGGUGGAGAGCUGUGGUUGGGAUGUGACCAGCCAGGCGGGAGAGAGCAAGUACUAUCCUCUGAGCCCCACUCAGGUAAACUCCACUGCCCGGGCUGCCAUGGCGGGCCAGGCCCCCAGCUACAACCCCGCCGGCAUGGCCUACAACCCCCCCAAUCUGGUGUUUCCACCCGCGGGGGGGUCCCGCGGGCAGGUCGUGGUGCGCGCCGCCGACAGCACGGGGAGCCUGCCGGGGGCCUCCGGUCACCGGGGCAACGACAACCCGCACGCGCACCGGGAGCUGGGGCAGAAGUACGGCCUGAAGCGCAAGAGCGAGGAGGUGGACAGCGGCGGCAGCGUCCAGAUCCUGGAGGAGCUGUCAGCGCCAGUGCUGUCCAACCGGACCGGCGCCGGGACCACCGCGCAGUCCAUCGCCCACUCGGCCUCCACCACCAAGAGCAGCACCUCCAACAGCGAGGGCGACUACCAGCUGGUGCAGCACGAGAUCCUCUGCUCCGUGGCCAACAGCUACGAGGUGCUGGAGUUCCUGGGCCGCGGCACCUUCGGCCAGGUGGCCAAGUGCUGGAAGCGGGGGACCAACGAGAUCGUGGCCAUCAAGAUCCUGAAGAACCACCCCUCUUACGCUCGUCAGGGGCAGAUUGAGGUGAACAUCCUGGGCCGUCUGAGCUCGGAGAACGCCGACGAGUUCAACUUCGUGCGCUCGUACGAGUGCUUCCAGCACAAGAGCCACACCUGCCUGGUGUUCGAGAUGCUGGAGCAGAACCUGUACGACUUCCUCAAGCACAGCAAGUUCAGCCCGCUGCUGCUCAAGUGCAUCCGGCCCGUGCUGCAGCAGGUGGCCACCGCCCUGAUGAAGCUCAAGAGCCUGGGCCUCAUCCACGCCGACCUCAAGCCCGAGAACAUCAUGCUGGUGGACCCGCUCCGCCAGCCCUACCGCGUCAAGGUCAUCGACUUCGGCUCGGCCAGCCACGUCUCCAAGGCCGUCUGCUCCACCUACCUGCAGUCGCGCUACUACAGGGCUCCGGAGAUCGUCCUGGGCCUGCCCUUCUGCGAGGCCAUAGACAUGUGGUCGCUGGGCUGCGUCAUUGCCGAACUCUUCCUGGGGUGGCCCCUGUACCCCGGGGCCUCUGAGUACGACCAGAUCCGGUACAUCUCCCAGACCCAGGGUCUGCCGGCCGAGUACCUCCUGAGCGCCGGGACCAAGACCAGCCGCUUCUUCCACCGCGGCCCCGACGCCAGCUACCCUCUCUGGAGGCUGAAGACACCAGCAGAACACGAGGGCGAGAUGGGGAUCAAGUCCAAGGAGGCGCGGAAGUACAUCUUCAACUGCCUGGAUGACAUGAUGCAGGUGAACAUGUCCACUAACCUGGAAGGGACGGACAUGUUGGCGGAGAAGGCGGACAGGAGGGAGUUCAUCGAUCUCCUGAAGAAGAUGCUGACUCUGGACGCUGACAAACGCAUCACUCCCAUCAAGACCCUGGCCCACCCCUUUGUGACCAUGGCCCACCUGCUGGACUUCCCCCACAGCUCCCACGUGAAGUCCUGCUUCCAGAACAUGGAGAUCUGCAAGCGCAGGUGCACGUCCUUCGACAGCGGGAAGAGCCUCUUCGCCCCCAACGCGGCCCCCAACGCUGCCGCCAACCUCACCGUCACCUUCAGCAGCCAGCUCAACCAGCACAAUCAGGUGGCCUCGGCGGGCGGCCCCUCCCUCUCCCUCAACAGCAGCGUGCCCCUGCUGAACUACCAGCCGGCCCUGUACCAGCAGGCCACCAUCAACAUCCCCGGCCUGCCCCAGCAGAGCGUGCCGCUGCAGACCCGCCCCGCCCAGCUGUGCGCUCAGACCGAGCCCUUCCAGCAGACCCUCAUCGUGUGCCCGCCCACCAUCCAGGGGCUCCAGACCUCCAGUAAGCACACGGCCUUCCCUGUGAGGAUGGACAAUCCUGUGCCCCUGGUCCCGCAGAACCAGCCCGCCCAGCCUCUGCAGAUCCAGUCAGGCAUGCUUGCACAGGGCUCCUGCACCCCCCUGAUGGUGGCCACCCUGCACCCCCACGUGGCGGCGGUGGGGCCGCAGUUCUCUCUCCCGCUGGCGCUGGGAUGCGGGGCGGCGAGGCCUGCCCUUCUGGAGCAGACGGCUACCGUGCUGCAGGCGUGGCCGGCGGGGACCCAGCAGAUCCUCAUACCUUCCACCUGGCAGCAGAUGCCGGGCGUGGCCAUCCACAACCCCGCCCCGCCCAUCAUCCCUGAAUCGCCAAUGGGGGCGCUCCUCUCCGAUGGCUCCGCCCAGCAGAUGCCCAACUGGAGGGGGCCCCACGGGGGCCAGUACGGCGGGGUCAUGCAGCAGCCCUCCGUCCUGGGGGGUCCCAUGUCCCUGGCCCCGGCCCAGCCGCUCAACAUGGGCGUGGCCCAUGUGGUGAGGCCCCAGCAAGGCAGCGUUUCGGGGAAGAGGUCCAAGGCCCGGCACGCCGACAGCCGUACCAGGGCUGCCUCUCGGCUGGAGCCCUCUGUUCCCGUGACACGCACCAGCCCGCUGCGCAACUCUCCCGCCUACAGCGCCGCCGCGCUCUCUCAGCCAAUCGUCAUCUCCGACACGCCCAGCCCCGCCGUCAGCAUCAUCACCAUCCACAGUGACACCGAGGACGAGGACGAGAGGAAGUUCCACCCUGCCAGCUGCAGGGCGAGCCAGCGGACCCAUGUGAUCAGCUGCGUGACGGUGCACGACUCGCAGGACUCGGACUCCUCCACCGCCAGCCCGCUCAGCCCCCGGCGCCCGCCCGCCUUCGCCGAGUCCGCCCCGCGCUUCUCCAGGUCGCUCGCCGUCGUCGUGCCGUCCGUGAAGAGCCAGCCAGCAGAGGGCGCCGCCGCGCCCAAACCCGCUGCGGGGCCAGGGCAACCGCAGAGCGUUUGCAGCAAGCCGAAGAAAGCGGCGGUGCAGCAGUCCUGUGGCGCGGGGUUCAGCGGCGAGCGGCAUCACAGAGCGGCGCCAAGUCGAUCGCAGCCCCUCAACCUCAGCCAGGUCCAGCCUGCCGUGUCCUCCUCUCACGAGCACGCGGGCAGUGGCGGCGGCGGCUCUUCCCGCCGGCAGCACACCUACCCCCCCGUCUCGGCGCAUUCCCGCUACCGCCUGCAGGAGGCGCCGCUCUUCAGCUCCGCCCCCAGCCUGUACACCUACCCGGCGUCCGUGGCGCUGGCGUCCGCCUCCCAGGCCGUGGACCAGCUGCUGGCCUCCGGACAGGGCUCCGCCCCCUCGUCCUCCCGCCACGGCGGGGGCCCCGGCGGGCCCUACGCCGCCCCCGCCGUCCUGCGGAAGGACGCCGUGGGCGUGGGGGUGGGGCACGGCCUGCCCUCCCAGUACCAGCACCAGUUCCCCAGCCAGCCCUACAUCACCCCGACCGCCCGCGCCAACGCCGCCUACAGCGGCUACCAGCUUAGCCCCAGGAAGCUAAACCAGUACCCCUAUCUGUGAGUGCCACAGCUAAACCAGUACCCCUAUCUGUGAGUGCCGCAGCUAAACCAGUACCCCUAUCUGUGAACGCCACAGCUAAACCAGUACCCCUAUCUGUGAGCACCGCAGCUAAACCAGUACCCCUAUCUGUGAGUGCCACAGCUAAACCAGUACCCCUAUCUGUGAGUGCCGCAGCUAAACCAGUACCCCUAUCUGUGAGCACCGCAGCUAAACCAGUACCCCUAUCUGUGAGCACCUCAGCUAAACCAGUACCCCUAUCUGUGAGUGCACAGCUAAACCAGUACCCCUAUCUGUGAGUGCCACAGCUAAACCAGUACCCCUAUCUGUGAGUGCCACAGCUAAACCAGUACCCCUAUCUGUGAGUGCCACAGCUAAACCAGUACCCCUAUCUGUGAGUGCCACAGUUAAACCAGUACCCCUAUCUGUGAGCACCUCAGCUAAACCAGUACCCCUAUCUGUGAGUGCCACAGCUAAACCAGUACCCCUAUCUGUGAGUGCCACAGUUAAACCAGUACCCCUAUCUGUGAGCACCUCAGCUAAACCAGUACCCCUAUCUGUGAGUGCCGCAGCUAAACCAGUACCCCUAUCUGUGAGUGCCACAGCUGCAUAGAACUCGCCAGGCCACACCGCAAGACCAAACGAGACCACGCCCACAUGCUGUGAUAUCUGCAGGAGCCACUCUGAGGUUUACUGUAGAGAUUUCAGCCUCUACAUGCUGGACCCACUCUGAGGUUUACUGUAGAGACUUCAGCCUCUACAUGCUGUGAGAUCUGCAAGAGCCACCCUGAGGUUUACUGUAGAGAUUUCAGCCUUUACAUGUUGGAGCCACUCUGAGGUUUACUGUAGAGACUUCAGCCUCUACAUGCUGUGAGAUCUGCAGGAGCCACUCUGAGGUUUACUGUAGAGACUUCAGCCUCUACAUGCUGGAGCCACUCUGAGGUUUACUGUAGAGACUUCAGCCUCUACAUGCUGUGAGAUCUGCAGGAGCCACUCUGAGGUUUACUGUAGAGACUUCAGCCUCUACAUGCUGGAGCCACUCUGAGGUUUACUGUAGAGACUUCAGCCUCUACAUGCUGUGAGAUCUGCAGGAGCCACUCUGAGGUUUACUGUAGAGACUUCAGCCUCUACAUGCUGGAGCCACUCUGAGGUUUACUGUAGAGACCUCUGCCUAUAUUCUCAACUAAAUCUGGUGUGGUGUGCUUCAUGCUUUUCAUGUUUUUUUUAAUGUAAUUUUGAGAGUUUUAAAGCCUUGAUGUAUUAUUUUAAUAUUUGCAUUUUUUUUAACUUUUUACUUAUUUUUAUUUUUUAAACAAAUAGGUUUUUAGUAUUUUUGUUAUUCGUUUUUAAUGGUAAUGUAAAACACAGCGUAUUUUGGCAGGUUAACUACAUUUUUUCCAUUUUUGAUUUUUGGGAGCGUUACUAUUAAAAUGCAGUGCCUCUAGGUGCCUCUAGGGGGCUGCGUACAUGAAUCUAGGAAGGCUGAUUGCUGACCAACACGCACACCUGCUUUUUAAAUUAUCCGUUUAAUUUUCUUUUUGCAAGCACACUAAUCUUACACUGCACUGUGUUCACAUGCUGACAAAACAAGGGGUAGAAGAAACACGUAUAACCUCUGUAUGCUCUUGUAAGUUCCAUUGUAAUCCACAAUGUUUAACUUUUCUUUUUCUUUUUUGCACGUCUUUUGAGUCUUGUCAGGGAUCAUCCCGGGCAACUGGUCUCCCCGAUCUAAACCUACAUUUUAGCUUGUUCAUCCAACCCCAUAUCUCUGUUGGCUUUGUGUGUGUGUGUGUGUGUGUGUAUUCUGAAUGUUAACUUGCAGUUUCCCUCUAUAGUGUAAGUUAGUCUCUGGGUUUCAUUAAAAAAGUAGAAAAAAGGACUGUUAAAAAAUGGUUUUGUUUAACUGUAAGACGAGUUACAGAUAUAGAUACAGUAGCAAAGGCUGUCAGUGGGUAGAGAAACUAAAAAAAGAAAUGUGUACACACUAACAGUCUCUCUCGUUUAGACUAUUAGACUUGUGCAAACCUGUUUUGGUGAGACUUUAAAAAAAAGUUUGUUUCAUACAUGCCAUGGCAAUAUGAAAUUCAACGCGACAGACACAUUAAACUUUAAAUUCUCUGUAAAAUAUAUUUUAGUGUUUCGGUAAAUUAAUAGGUCAUAUUACUCCACAAUAUCAGGAUAUGUUGUAUUUUGUAAUAAGACAAGAAUUCACCCCUCACUAUCACUGUUGUUCAAUAAAUGCAAUGUAAUCCCUUUCCUAUA